AUGGCUGCAGUGACUAAGACCAGCCCUCUAUCCGAUGACGAGGCUCGUUGGAUCAAGCUCGUCAAGAUCAACUACAAGGACCAGAACGGUCAGGCUCGCACCUGGGAAUCCGCCGAGCGCCGUACGCGACCCAAGAACGGCGAGAUCGACGGCGUCGGCAUCGUCGCCAUCCUCGAGAAGCCCACGGGGCCCGAGAUUGUCUUGCAGAAGCAGUACCGGCCGCCCAUCGACAAGGUCACCAUCGAGGUCCCCGCGGGAUUGGUCGACGAGGGCGAGACCGCUGAGGAGGCUGCCGUGCGCGAGCUCAAGGAGGAGACUGGUUACGUUGGGAAAGCGUCCGAGACGACGCCCAUCAUGUUCAAUGACCCCGGCUUUUGCAACACGAACCUGCGCAUGAUCCACGUCACAAUCGACACCUCUCUUCCUGAGAAUCAAAACCCUAAAGCCGAGCUGGAAGAAGGCGAGUUCAUCGAGGUCUUUACUGUGCCCCUGGCCAAGUUUUGGGACGAGUGUGUCCGCCUUGAGGCCGAGGGCUACGCAAUCGACGCCCGCGUGGGGACCAUAGCUGAAGGCAUCGAGCUAGCCAAGAAAUUCAAGCUGUAA